UCCCAGGACUCAGCCAAUGUCAACAGGAAAUCUCUAUGUCUGUGCCCGAGAGCGGCGAGGCACAACAGCCCCUUAACCUCUCAGAGCACUUUGCCCAGCUGUCCUGGUAUGAUGCCUUGGCUGGGACAUGGGCGCCGAUAGCUGUCAUCCGUCCAGGGAAAUCAAACCCGCUGCACAGCUCCUUCGCUGGGCACAUCUCUGUGUCCAACAGAUGGUUCACCGUGGUGAACGCCGGCAAAGCCAUUGCAGGGGUUUAUAAGAUUGAAUCUGAGAUGAAGAAAAGCAAGUGUCUGGUUUUCAUCCGUCUGAUUGUAACAGAGCCCGCGCCAACCUCAGUGCCAACCUCAGUUCCGGCUUCCCAGGUGGCUCUGGUCAGCGUUGGGACGGCAGCUGCGGAGCCCGGAUCUUGGUCCAACCGUAUUGCGGAGGUGGUGGUGCCGGUGGUGGGGGCAAUGAUGGUGGUGGCGCUGCUGAUAUGGCAGAUAAAGAAUAUUGCUCGCUACAUGCACUUGUUCUGCAGCCGUCGUGACUUCCCUGCCAGAGCCGCCCCAUUCCAGCAGGCUAGCGACUCAGGCCCCAUGCAGGAGAUGCAGGAGCUGGCAGAGCUGACGCAGCCGGAGGACGCCAGCGGUGGGGAUCGGUCGGCCAUGAUGAAUGGGAAACUUCUCGGCAGUGCUGAAACGCUAAACGCUGGGGGACUGGAGAGUGGGGAGGGAUGAACCCCUCCCCAUCUGUCAACAUCCACUCAAUGUGCAGCGGCAGUCAAAAAAGCAAACAGAACGUUGGGUCUCAUUAAGAAAGGGACAGAAAAUAUCAUGUUCAUAGAAUCAUAGAAUAUCAGGAUUGGAAGAGACCUCAA